AUGAGUGAUGAUGGAGAUAAUCACCAAGCUGAAACGAUAUGCGGUGCUAACGGCAAUACGGACACAGUAUGUUCACCCAAACAUGACGAUGUCUGGAAAAACGGCACAUGGUAUCAAAUAACAUGGAAUCCAAGCUAUCCGACCUAUGCUGCUACAUCUUUUUUGAACAUCGUCUUAUAUCGAGUGGAGAACUAUCAAAAUAUCCGUAUCAAAGAAUGGAACAACGUGAGCUCGACCAAAGGAAGUUUCCCAGUACAAGUGGAUGAUACAUGGUUUCCAGGAUCAUCAUCAACAACCCCGAGUGAUCGAUUGCUCUACCUCGUUGGUCCCGAUGUCGAGGAUCCCGAUGAAGAAAUGAAUAAUAGGUUUUCAGAUUAUCCAGCACCUGUUCCCAUGACCGUUGAACGGCCCAAUACGAAUCCAAAAGAGACAACAGUACAAGGGGUGAAGGCAAAUGAAAAUUCGACGUCUAAUAAUUCAAGCAACCAGCAGACAGGAUUACAGCCAUGGUUGAUUGCUGUGGUCAUCAUUUCUUGUGUUGCAGCAGUAGCCGCUUGCAUUGCUAUGAUAUGGGCUAUUCGACAACUUCGAAAACGCAAAAUGGUGGGUGAUGAGAAAGGAAGCUUUGAUCCAGGCACUGUUAUUGUUGGUGAUGGUGGAGGUGAUAGUCAAUUGAUGAUGGCUUCAAGUAGCAUGCCACCUUCUUCUAUCAUGUUAGCUGCAGCUGCUGGAGGAAGCACCAAUCCAAUGAUGCAUACGUCACAUCAUUCUUUGCGAGAUAGCAGUUAUAUGCUUCCACGAUUUGGACCAGAUGGCUCAGUGAGGAGUACGUUACGAUAUGGGGAAAUUGUACGGCCACAAUCUUGUAGCAAUAUCUCGACUCGUUCGGAUGCUGCGACGCCACCGAUUACAUCCACAGACGCACUCAUGAUAGCUGAUACCUUCCGUCAACGUAUGCGACGACCCGAUUGGCAACAACAAACACAGCAGCAAGAACAUGAAGAUGAAGAUGAAGCGUGGGAAAGCAAACGAAGGCAAUUAAGUGAAGAGCUUUUGAAAAAGGAACUUGCAGCUGAAGGAACGCUCAUGAAAAAGGUUGGCAAACGAGCCCAUUUAUUGAGCACCCUCGUGGAUGAGGAAGAAGAAGAGCAACAACAACAGCAUCAUCCCCUCCGAAGUAAUACUACUAGUAGUAAUAUCAAUCAUAAUAGCUAG